CGCUUUCGCAAAUUUUUAACAAACUCGAAGAACUUACGUGGGAUUUUUCACUUCUCCAUUGCAGGUAUUCAGGAUUCGUCGAUAGAUUCGUUGUAAAAAUGCAAGAAGAGUGCGACUUUCAAACCACUUUGGAGAAGAAACUCUCGGCUGAGGGCAGACUCGACGUUGCAGCAAGUAGUACCAAUUUGUCAGAAACAGAAAUUAAAAAACUGAUACCAAAAGAUUCGUCGGUGGAUUUCGAAAUCUUGUCCGCCUCGUCAUUCGACGUUCUCGCGAGAACGAGCUUCGAAUCACAGAACGACGACCAAGCGAACAAAUCAACCCUCGAAUCCAUACCGGAAGUCGACAACGAGGACGACUGCAACUGGCUGUCGUACGUCGACUGUAACACGCUCUUCGACGCAACUUGCGAAAAUCUGUCUUACUACAACUCGACGAAAGCCGAGAAAGACAGCGACAGCGACAUGGACGACACAUUGAUCUUCGACGAUGCUGAGGAAGGCGAGCCGAUGACUUUGGACGAGAAUGACAGCUAUUGCAUGAACUCCGAUUUUCAGCGGUCGUUCGAAGAUGCUUGCUCGAGAAAGCUCGACAAUCUCGAUGAAAUGACAAACGACAAUCCCAUUAUAGUCUCUGAUAAAGUUUCGUUGAUCGGGAUAAAUCGCGAUCCAUCUGAAAAUGAUAGAAAUGGGAAUAAUGUCGUCGACUGUGAUCCAGAAGUGAUUCAGACUAAGGAAGAGGAAGGGAAAAUAGCGGAGAAUGAAGAGAGCAUCGAAGGUAAUUCCGUGGAUAUCGAAGAAGUGAGAAACGAGGAGAAAAUGUCGGACAGUUUCGAUUUCUCGAGCGACUCGGGCGACGAACAUGAGAGAAAUCUGGUUUACUCUUCGCCCAAUGUGAAUAUCUCUGCUUAUUUCAAGUUCAGAGACAGUAUGAAGGAACCUGAAUUCGAAGCAACCUUGGAGAAAGGAAGUUUGGUAUUUCCGAAUAAAGAGAUCAACGGAUCGUUGAUUCUGGAGGAAAUUGACGAGGAAUCUAUCGAGAAAGAUAAAAAGACAACGACGAGUGAAAAUGAAACGAAAGAUCCAUGUACAGAGGAACCAAGAACCGAAGGAAACUUUCACAGAAAAAUUUUGACAGAAAAUGCUCGCUCCGAUCAACAAGGGAAAGGAACAAAAUUCGUGGAAUUAAAUUCUCCAGAGGAGUAUUUGGAAAAACUGGCGGAAAUCACGGAGCCAGAUUGUCCAAAGACCGAGGAAGAGGUUGAAGAGAAACUGAAAAGGAUCGCCGAAAGCAAAGCAAAGAUUGAAAAUAGAAAGAACGAGGCUUUGAAGAAUUUGUCGAUGGAAUUUAACGAGUUCGCGAAGCUCAUGGCAGAGACAAAAUCUACUGAACAAUAUAACAGCGACUCCGACGAGAGUCUGGACGAAUCGAAAGAAACAGAUAACAUCGAGUUGCCUUUGACCAAGGAACAAGUUGCUGAAAGCUUUAAAAUUAACAAUGCUCGAAAGGAUACGGAGGAAGAGGAGAAACGUCGUGCAGAAUCGUUGCAACAAUGUUUCCAAGUUAUUGCAAGAAAUGGAGAAGAAUUCGUUCGAGACAAAGUUGAAGGGGAAAAAGAGAGAGAAAAUAAGAAAAGUGAGAUUUGGAAGGAUUUAGGAUUCAACAAGAUUGAGAAACUUUUUAUGGAAACGAAGGAUACUGAAGAUAAUAAAAAUUCGAACGAUGGUAUUGAGAUUCCUUCGAUCGGGCAAGAUAAAAUAGUUGAAGGUUCUCGAUUUGAAAAUAGUCAAAAUGAGGUAUAUGAGGAGAAACGGUGUGUAGAAUUUUUGGAAGAAUGUCUUGAGAAUAUUUCUGAAAAAGUGGAGAUUGAAGUGUCUGUUGAAGACGAAGCUACGUCUAAAAUUGAAAACAAUUUGGGAAAUAUUAUUGAGGAAGGAAUUAAAAAAAUUAAUGUUACGGAUAUUGUUGAAGAAAGAAUUGAAGAAAAUUUUAAGAACGUUAUUGAAGAGAAGAUGAACGGAAAUUUUGAAAGUAUCACUGAAAAAGUUGUCGAACAGAAUGUUGAAAUUGAUAUUAAACAUAUUGAAGGAAGCAUCAAAAAUAUUGCCGAAAAGAAAGUGGAACGAAAUUUAGAAGAUAUUAUCAAAGAAGAAAUUAAAGAAACUAACGUUAAAGAUACUGUUGAAAAAAGGAUUAAAGAAAACUUCAAAAACAGUAUCAAAAUAGAACAGAAUUCUGAAAUAGAAAAAAAAAUUGAACAAAAAUUCAAAAAUAUCGGAGCAAAAGAGCAAAAUUUUGCAAACACGAUCGAAAAAAAAAUUGACCAAGAAUCUAAAGAUAGUAUCGUGGGGAAAAUUGAGCAAAAUUUUGAAAAUAUCACUGCAGACAAAAUCGUAACUAAUGACGCUGUUGAUAAAUCGGAAGAAACGAUCAGUGAUACAAAAUCGGCGUCAGAAACAGUGAUUAAAGGAAUCGUGCAGGACAUUAUGGAAGACACGGAGGACUCGAUUUUUUGGCAAUACUACAAACAACAAGAGAGAACGUACAUUAAAGGAAAAGUUUAUGAUUUUGAUCCUAAGAAACACGGUGUCAGGAUGACUGAAGAGUUCUUGAAGAAGCACUGCAAGCAAAAUAAGCUUUACCAAACUCCCCAUCUCAACGACGUGCUCUAUCUUCAUUAUAAAGGUUUCUCUUUCAUCGAGAACUUAGAGAAGUACACAGGUCUGAGGUGUCUAUGGCUGGAGAACAACGGUAUCCGAGAGAUCGCGAACCUGGAGAAUCAGAGCGAGUUGAAGUGUCUCUAUAUUCACAACAAUUUGAUCAGCAAAAUCGAGAAUCUCGAGUGGCUGACCAAACUGGACACGUUGAACCUCUCGUACAACACUAUACGGAGGAUCGAGAAUCUCGAUAGCCUCAAGUUCCUGAAUACUCUAAACCUGUCGCACAACUACUUACAAGAUACCGGUGACAUUGAGCAUCUCCGACUGCUGGACAGCCUCUCGGUACUGGAUAUUUCUCACAACAGGAUAGACACCGACGAAGUCGUUAAUAUCCUAGGUGAUAUGAAGGAACUACGUGUGGUAUCUUUGAUGGGCAACCUGAUUUUAAAGAAGAUCAGACUGUAUCGUAAAACUAUGAUCCUCAAGUGUAAAAACCUCAAGUAUCUAGAUGACAGACCAGUAUUCCCAAAAGAUCGUGCCUGUGCAGAAGCUUGGAUGCAAGGAGGACCCGAAGAAGAAGCAGCUGAGAGGAAACGCUGGAUCGAGGCGGAGCAGAAGAAAAUCAAUGAUAGCGUGCAAGCCCUGAUAAACAAAAGGAAGCUGUACAAACCGGUCGGGACGUCCGAAAAGGAGGCUGAGGAUAAGAAGAAGACGAAGGAGGUGGACGAAGAAGUAGCCACAACGACCACGCUUGUCUGCACGAGCAACGAACUGCUCAACCUGGAGAGGAAGAAAAAGUCGGGCGGAUCCUCAUCCUCCGGCAGCUCCUCCGCGUCCUCGUCAUCGGACGAAGAAGUGGUGGAGAACGCCGGGAAGGAGGAUGAUGGAACGGGGCAAAAAGCAAUGGAGAAAAGUGACGGAAGGAGGCCAAUGGCGGAGGAUGAAAGAAAAGCCCUCGGCAAUCUUGGCGAGGAGAUUUUGUUACCCUGGAAAACAGAGGUCACGACACAUACGAAGCCCAAACAAUUGAUAGAAGAGAUGGAAGAGACGAAGGAAUACGUGGCAGGUGACGCAGAACGGAAAACGUUCGGGACGAAAAUUUUGGACGAUCAACGAGGUAGCGAUGAUCCACCAGGUGGUUGUUCCGUUGGAAGAGAACUGGCCCAUUACGAGAAACUUGUCCUGGAGACGACCAACGAGACCGAAAUUACUCCACCGUGCUCUGAAGAUAAAUUGUUCAAGAAUUCGUCAGUUUCUUGCAACAUUACGGAUUCUGCGAAUAAGAACAGAAACAAGAAGGGAAAGAGUAUCGUGAGGAACACAAACGAUAAACCUGCCUGUACAGAUAUUCUUGACAAUUAUCGUAGAAAAAACGAACCACAUCCUUUGACCAGUCAAUUGAGUAGCAUCAGAGAGGACAUGAGAGAAUUUUGCGCCGACGUGGACAAAUUUAUGGAAGACAGCAAACUGAUUCCGAGAAAUGGCGACAUGAAAAGAUUCUGGAACGGGAAAGAGAAGACCAACGUUGAAAUCAAAUCUGACGACGAGGGAAAACACGAGGAGUCGUCGGGAAACAAAGGGGAAAGCCUCAAAUGGUGGAACACGAAAGAAAGGAAAUUAAAGGUGAAAGAGAUACUGAGGAAGAGAGAAGAGGAGAGUCAAAAAUCAAAGGAUACUCGGGAAAAUAUCGAGAUCGUUAAGGAAGAUUCUAACGAAAGGAAGGAAACUUCCUCUUCGCAAGGUGUUUACGACUUAUUGAACCUCAAAACGUGCCCUACGAUUUUACUGAGCGAUAUGAAACCUUGCCCUAAAAAUGAAGACGUUUCGCUAUUACGCAAAUCUGCCAAGAAAGAGGUCAACGACGAGGAUCGUUCCUCGCGUUUGUUCGAUUCCUUGUUCGACGAGAUGAACCGUAGGAAUGAUACUAGUGACCAAACUGGGAAACUUUCGAAGUCGAUUAGCACUGAAUUGCUCGAUUUAGAAGAAAGAGAGAAGACUGUCGAAGAUUCAGCGGGUUGCUCGAGUGAUCGAGAGACCGUUAAGAACAAGUCUGUUCGUAUAGAGAUCUUGGAAGCAAAUCCUGUUAGUGUCCUGUUCGAUGACGAUGACGAGGUAUCGGAGAGCGAGUCUGUGAAGACGGUAAUUAAUAAGUAUGAAAUUAACGAGCAAGGAAACGUGGAUACAAAUAUUAGGAAAGAGGAGAGUUUGACUGUCGACGAAGCGCAAAAUGAUACCAAACAUUUGGACACCAGGCCUAACGACGCUGCAACAUCUUCUUGUCUUGAAAGAUGUCAAUCUUCCAAAUCGCACAAAAGACCACUAGACUGCGAAUACUUGGACGUGGCCAGUAAAAAGUCUCAUUUAAUCGAGGAGAUGGAUGCGGAAGGAGACUCGAGCGAUCGAAAAACAACCAGUGCAUUGUCCGAGAAGUGCAGACGACAUUUUAUGAAAGAAGCGAAGAAGUUUACGAAGAAGGAAUCACCCUUGAUCGACAAGUGUAUAGAGAGUUUGAUAACAAAUAGAAACUCGGAGGGAAAUUGGAAGGUAAAGUGCAAUCAAGAAGAUUUCUUAAGUUUCACAGCUACGAACGUAAACUCUGAUUUCCUUUCUGGGAAAACUAAGGACAAUUCGAGUGAACAGUCUCACGCAAGAUCGAAGAAGAUUUCUGAAAAUCAAGAGAUCAUGAAGGAAUCGGAAUUGUUUAGUCGUCGGCAGUCAGGCAAGUGA